AUGGCCGCGUUCAAAGCUCUGCCCACUCGUCCACUUGGCCGAAACGGGCCUCUUGUUCCGCGACUCGGACUUGGUCUCAUGGGGGCUAGUGGAAUGUAUGGUUCAUAUCUCUCUGACGAAGAAAGAUUUGUGUUCCUCGAUGAGGCGUACAGAAGAGGAGAACGGUUUUGGGAUACAGCGGACAAAUACGGUGACUCCGAAGAUUUACUCGGAAAGUGGUUCGCUGCGAACCCUGAUAAGCGGAAGGACAUCUUCCUUGCGACCAAGUUCGGCAUCAAGCCCAUCAAAACCCCUCCAGGAAACACGAUGGACUCGUCACCGGAGUAUUGCCGCGAGUGUAUGGACAGAUCCCUCAGUCGUCUCGGACUGCCAUUUGUGGACCUGUACUAUGUCCACCGUCUGGAUAAGAUCACACCCAUUGAGAAGACCAUGCAGACCAUGGUGGAACUCAAGAACGCCGGAAAGAUCAAGUACAUCGGACUGAGCGAGUGCAGUGCUGAGUCCCUGCGUCGCGCUCAUGCGGUGCAUCCAGUCACAUGCGUGCAGGUAGAGUAUAGCUUACUCUGUACUGAGAUUGAGUCGCCGAAGAGACGCCUACUUGAAGUGGCACGCGAGCUUGGCGUGGCAAUUGUCUGUUACAGCCCUAUGGCGAACGGAUUUUUGACGGGUACAAUUCGUUCACGCGCCGAUGUGACCAAGCCGGGCGAUCUGCGUGGUAACGUCUUGCCGUGGCUGAAGGAGGGCAAUUUCGAGAACAAUAUUGUGGUUCUCGAUCAAAUCGCGGAGAUUGCAAAGAAGAAUGGUGUCACCCUCCCGCAGUUGUCUCUUGCUUGGUUGCUCGCUCAGGGUGACGAUGUGUUCCCCAUUCCGGGAUCUUCAAGCAUCCAACGUCUGGACCAGAACCUUCAGAGUCUUGAGGUGACACUGUCGGAGGAAGACGAGCUACAGAUGCGGCGGUUGGCAAAAGGAAUCGUCGGGGGCCGGUUUCAGGAAAUGACCGGCUAUGCAUUCGGGGAUACUCCUGCGUUGGAGCCUUGA